GGGUACUGUACUGCAUGUGCAGGCCCACGGAGGUACAUAUCACUCGCAAUGCAAGGUUGCAUUUGCGCUCGGCUAAGAAUAAGCGGGCUUAGAUACGUGUAACGUGAUAUCUUGGGGGCCGUAUGUAGCAACGGCAGCGCGUGAACCGUGCUUCUGUGCGGGAAAUAGGAUAGUUAUCGAUACAGGCUUACGGAGGUUUCGAUGCGAGGUCUCAUUUCCGCUCGGCUAAGCCGCGCGUGAACCGUGCCGCGCUGUGCGAGGAUCAGGAUCUGGGGAUGCGGAGAUGAUGUGAUCGCAUCUAUUACCUAUUGCGUACGGUUGCGUCACUGGCCCAAUGCUUCCGACUGAGAGGUCUUCACCGGUCCGCCCCGCCCUCCCUCCAAACCCACCAGAUGCAUAUCUACCGCCGUCUCAUGACCAUCAACAGACGAGGAUUCUCCGCUGAAAUAAGGCGACCAGGAACAAUGCGACCAGGAACGCCAUCUCCGCCUCCACCGCCGAGCCCCGUACCAUCGGAAGAAGCAGGACCAGCACCUUCCUUGACGCUCCCCGGUUCGCGGACACAUCCGCUCCUCCUGUACGGCACCGCCUGGAAAAAGGGUGCCACCGCCGAGCUCGUUACAACUGCACUCCGAACUGGAUUCCAAGGCGUCGACACGGCGUGCCAGCCCAAGCACUACCGCGAAGACCUCGUCGGCAAUGGUCUAAAAGAGUUCCUGAUGACCAGCGUGCGCGGGCAGCACACGCCGCGGGACACACUCUUCAUCCAGAGCAAAUUCACGUCGCCGGGCGGGCAGGAUCCGCGGAACUGUCCGUACAAACUAACGCUGCCGCUCGCGUCGAUGGUGAAGAUGUCGGUAACGACCAGUCUCGCGCACCUCGAUACGUACCUUGACGCGCUGCUGCUGCACUCGCCGAUGGAAACGCAUGCCGAGACGCUCGAGGCCUACCGCGUCCUCGAGGACUACGUGCGGCUCGAGAAGAUCUGGCAUCUGGGCGUCUCCAAUGUGGCGCUGCCAGAGCUCGAAAGGCUCUAUGAGGAGUGCCAGGUCAAGCCUGCGAUCGUGCAGAACCGCUUCUGGCCGGGAAAUAAUUGGGAUGUUGAUGUUCGCCGGUUCUGUAGAGACCAUGGAAUGGUCUGGCAGAGCUUCUGGACGCUCUCGGGGAAUCCGCAGCUGCUGAAGAGUGGUGUCGUGCAGAGGGUGGCUAUCCGCGUGCUGGAGGAUAGUGACAAGAAGGAGGAGGCGCUGUAUCUUCUGGUUCUCGCGCUGGGACGGGGCUGGGAGAAGGGCGGCGGCGUGGCGAUCCUGGACGGUACCACUAGGGAGGUCGCUAUGAAGAGUGAUUGUGAGGCGGCAGCGCUGGUUGGGGAGGUGAGCGACGCCGAAUUGGGGGAAUUCAAGGGGUUGAUCGGAGAGGAAGUCUAGGGGGCAAAGUUUUGAGCAAUGCCAAAGUGUGGGAAUUCAGGGGAGUGAUCGGCGAGGGAGAGUAGGGGAAGUUCCGUGUCCGUAUGGGCAUAUUCCGCGGCUGAAGGAUGGUGUUGGAAUCAUGCAGGACAGAAAAGAAGCAAUUGCACAAGUGCGAACCUGCGCACCUGCGAAACACAUGCACAUCCCUCUGCAUCGCACUUCUUAGAAGGGGUCUUUGAACUUUCUUUUGGCAUUAAAGCGGUUAUUCAGUUGGAUACUUUCUCUCCGAUCUCGCCACAGACUGCCGAUACUAGUAGAGUACUCUACUUGAUGUCAUACGGUGGCUUGAGCUUCAUUCAUUGGCCAACAUGUUCCAACAUGUUCGAAGUGAAAAUGCCGUGCGCAGCGUGCGAAUUACGGCGUGAGGGCUGAACUGGGUAAUUAAACGGCUGAUGUGAGUCACCCAUUUAUUCUACAAUCCUUG